UGCAUGAAACAGUGCUAUAGAAAGCCUAUGUAAUACACAAAUCUUCUAAUAGAUGCUCAUACCUCAUCAGCUACAGAAAUUGAAGCAAAAUGCAUAUCCCAUUCACUAGACCUCAAGAGCUUGCAACAAUUUGGCUUUGGCUUUCUUAUUCAUUCACCUUCUUUGUUCUAAUCAAUGGCUACACAGCUGAGCCUGCAAAUGGAGACAUCAAAGUUAUACCCAUUGGUGUAAUCAUUGAUGUGAACACUGGUGUCGGGAAAGAACAGCAAGUAGCCAUGGAAAUUGCAGCUCAAAGUUACAAUAACACUUCAAAGACCAACAAGCUAGCUCUCUAUUUUCAGGAACCCACCAAGGAUCCCAUGAGAGCCACUUCUCAAGCUGAAGACAUGAUUAAAAGUCAGAAGGUGCAAGUGAUUGUAGGGAUGAACACAUGGGUAGAAGCAGCUUCAGUGGCUGAAUCAUUCCGCGAAUCUCGACUUCCUGUUAUAUCCUUUGCAGCACCUACAAUUACCCCACCAUUGAUGGCGAUUCGCUGGCCUUUUCUUGUUAGAAUGGCCAACAAUUGCACUGCAUAUGUAAAAAGCGUUGCAGAUCUUGUGCAUGCUUAUAAUUGGCAUAGUGUAGUAGCUAUUUAUGAAGAUGAUGCCUUUGGUGGAGGUUCUGGGAUGCUAGCACUUUUAUCUGAGGCCCUUCAAGAUGUUGGUUCAACAAUUGAGUACCGUUUAGCUCUACCUUCACCUACUGAUCUUCCUAAUCCUAAAGAAUUUAUUCGCGAAGAGAUGUUGAAGAUAAUUGAAAAUACGCAAUCUCGGGUAUUCAUUGUUCUGCAAUCCUCAUUAGAUUUGGCGAUUCAUUUGUUCAGAGAAGCCUCACAAAUGGGACUUAUGGAUAGAGAAUCAGCUUGGAUAAUCCCAGAGAGGGUAACUAAUUUGCUGGACUCUGUCAAUAAGUCUUCUAUUUCCUACUUGGAAGGAGCUUUAGGAAUCAAGACCUACUAUUCUGAAAAUAGCAGUGAGUAUCAAGACUUUGAGGCUAAGUUUCGAAGAACUUUUCGCGCCAAGAAUCCUGAGGAAGAUAACAGCAACCCAGGAUUUUAUGCUCUACAAGCAUAUGAUAGCAUUAAAGUUGUUGCACAAGCAGUAGAAAGAAUGGCCAGAGACAAUGGCAGAGGGGGUAGAAAGACUUUACUUGGAGAAAUACUGUCUAGCAAUUUUCUUGGUUUAACUGGAGAAAUUCAAUUUGAAGCACUUCAGCUCUUGCAGAAUCCUACCUUAAGGAUUGUAAAUGUGUAUGGGAGGAAUUACAGAGAAUUAGACUUCUGGACUCUAGAAAGUGGAUUCACCACUAGCCUCCCUACUCAACAAGGUAGAAAAAGUGCUUUCAGGAAUACAGAAAGUUUAAGUGCUGCAGUGAUUUGGCCUGGAAAAUCCCUUAGAAUUCCAAAAGGCUGGAAUCUUCCUACUAAACAAAAUCCAAUGAAAAUUGCAGUCCCUGGAAGAACCCAAUUUUCGAAGUUUGUCAAGGUUGAUUAUAACCAAAACCCAUAUAAGUAUACUGGAUUCUGCAUUAAAAUUUUUGAGAAGGUGUUGGGACUUUUGGAUUAUGAUCUGCCAUAUGAAUAUUAUCCCAUCAAUGGGACCUAUCCUGAUCUGGUGCAGCUUGUUUAUAAUAAGACUUAUGAGGCUGUUGUUGGCGACGUGACCAUACUGGCAAAGAGACUGCAAUAUGUAGAUUUUAGUGUGCCAUUUGCAGAAUCAGGAUUGUCAAUGAUAGUAAAAGAAAAAUCCCAAGAAUCUGCAUUGAUGUUUUUGAAGCCCUUCACCUGGCAAUUGUGGGCUGUAACUGGUGCCAUCAUGAUUUACACAAUGUUUGUAGUGUGGUUCCUGGAGAGGGAACACAAUCCAGAGUUUCAUGGCAACUGGAAGAGCCAGUUCAGCACUGCUCUUUUGUUCACUUUCUCCUCGCUUUUCCUUGCUCACAGGGAGAAAAUGUACUCCAACUUAACUCGUCUAGUGAUGGUGUCAUGGCUCUUUCUUGUUCUGAUUCUUAACUCAAGCUAUACUGCUAGUCUUUCUUCAAUGCUCACAGUUCAACAACUGCAACCAAAUGUGACUAGCAUUGAGUGGCUGAAGAAGAACAACAUGAAAAUUGGUUGUGAUGGGGAUUCAUUUGUCAGGGCAUACCUUCAGAAUGUUGAAAAAUUCAAGCCAGAGAACAUCAUUAAUAUCAGUAGUGAUGACAAUUAUGUCAGUGCAUUCCAAAACUCUACUAUUGCAGCUGCUUUUCUUGAACUCCCUUAUGAAAAAGUAUACAUCAGUAAAUACUGCAAAGGUUACUCUGCCUCCACACCAACCACCAGAUUUGGAGGACUGGGAUUUGUGUUCCAGAAAGGCUCCCCCCUGGCCAGAGAUGUUUCUGUAGCUAUGUUGAAGCUAAUGGAGCAGGGAGAAAUGAAGAGCUUAGAAGAGAAAUGGUUGAAUCCCUCGGGAGAGUGCUUCAAAAAUGGAAACUCCAAUAGCACAGAAAGUCUGAAGCUUGAAAGUUUCUGGGUUCUGUAUGUGAUUUCUGGUGGCACUUCCACUAUUUGUUUUCUAAUUUUCACCAUCCAUUAUCUAAAAUCUAGAAAAUCACCCCAUGAUGAUGAGGCACACCAAGGCAAUGGCGAGAGCAAGUGGAAAAGGAUGGUUAGGUUAACUAAGCAUGUUUACAGAAUGAAGCAUAAUAAUGCAGUUAGGGCACAUGAAGAUGUUACUGAUUGUUCUUCCAGAUGGGAUAGUGUGAUUACACCUGAUACACCUCCUGAGCUUCAGCAUGCUGUAAUGGCUCUUCAAUUACCAGAAAUCAUAACAGUGUCUUCGAUGUAAAUGGCAAAUACUUGAUCAACUAGGAAAUAUAGCCAACAUUAAGAUAUAGGAGGGUAACUUAGGAUCAGAAUUACCUUCUUCUCCAAGAUACCCCACCUGGAAUGAAGCAUCUUCUUGUAGCGGAUUCUUUGGGUUAUGUAACUGUUAGGCAGUAGGGGGUUCUCUUUUCUUUUCCUGUUUUUUUUCUUUUCUCUUUGUAGUUGAGCAUCAAAAAAAGAAGAAGAAAAAAGACAUUAUCGGUGUGUUUGUUAGAGUAGAGAAUGAAGAGAGAGAGAUAUCGUGUUUGGUAUGUCUCAAAGGGGGGAAGAGAGAACUUUUUGGUGGGUCCCAUUGCUUUUUAACCUCUCCUCAAAAGAAAGAGAGAUAGAGAGUGAUUGCAGAUGUGUUUUAUGAAUUUACUAGGUUAUCCCUAUAAAAAAAAUGUA